AUGAAGAUACAUACUGUGGUUCUGCUGCUCUGUCUGUCUGUGACACGGGCCCAGGGAGACCACACAGGGGGCCCAGAGAACGACACCAAAAACAGUCUGGGUGAACCACAAACAGGAGGCAGCGUGAGCGAUGGUGCCAUUCAAUUCAUCCUGACUGAACUGAGGGCUCUGAGAGACAUGGUGGUGGCUCAGAAGGUGGAGCUGUCGGUCACCCAGAGACACGUGGAAGGUCAAAGAUCUACAGACAGAGAACUUGGCUCUGGAAGCCAGACUAAGUAUCGUGAACGCCAUGUGGAAGAACUGAAGGCAGAGAAUGAGGGCAGACCAAAGGUGGCAUUUUACACGGCUCUAACUAAUUCAGGAAAUGUUGGGCCCUUCAACACUGUAACACCACUGGUCUAUAGCAAAGUCUUCACCAACAUAGGCAACGCCUACAGCCCAGUAACAGGUGUGUUCACAGCACCAGUGAGAGGAGUGUACUACAUCAGGUUUACUGCUGCGGACCGUAGAUCUGGAUAUAUAGGAGUUCACAUGUACAAGAACGACCUCAGGAUCAUGUACAACGUUACCCACAAUACCAACGGUCAAUGGAAAUAUAUGUCAAAUGCUGUCACUCUGGAGCUGGAGCAGGGAGAUAUUAUUAUGAUGCGUCUUCCAUCAGCCUCCGGCCUGUCUGAUAAUACAGCCAACCAUAACACCUUCAGUGGUUUCCUUCUCUUCCCCAUGUAAAACACUGCCCAGGCUCAUGACCCAGAACUUAAUAAAGCUGACAUUCCUCCUUGA